AUGAAUACUUCAAACGAAAAUCAAUAUAUAAAUCGAGAAUAUUAUUUAUGUAUGUCAAAAAAUUUUCAACGUUCAACAAAUCUUCUUCAACAAGUUUAUGAAAAACAGGUUGUACUUGAAAAUAUUUUUAUACGAGAUAUUACAGCAUAUGGUACUGUUCGAGUUAACAAUUGUUCAUUUGAUAAAAAAGUUUCGAUACGAUUUACAAUCGAUCAAUGGAAGAGUUUUUAUAUAAUAAAUGCAUAUCAUUCAAUGUAUUAUGCAGAUAGUAAUACAGACUCAUUUCAAUUUAAAUUAACUGUACCUAACGAUAAAUUAUCAAGAUUAUCACCACAAAAUUCUAUAUCAACAAUGAAUGUUUCAUUUGCAAUUUGUUAUGCUGUUAAAGGAGAAGAAUUUUGGGAUAAUAAUUAUUCGCGAAAUUAUAACCUUGAAAUAAUUGAAAAACUACGUAGACAAAUUGCACAAGAUUAUCAAGCAAUUUCUAAUGAAUUUCGACAAAUAGGAAAUAUAUGUGGAUUAAAAAAUCUUGGGGGAACAUGUUAUAUGAAUUCUGUUUUGCAAUCAUUAUUAUUUACUUCAUCAUUAACAAAUUAUUUUUUGUUGAAUGAAAAUAUUCAAGAUAGUACAAUGAAAAAUAUAUCAGUUUCAAAAGAAAUAGUUGCUAGUGAAUAUUUGAAUUUAUUAUAUUUAUUAUAUUGUGGUAAAUAUAAUGUUGUUACACCAGCACCAUUUAAACAAGUCAUUGGUCAUAUAAAUCAUAAUUAUUUAGAAAAUCAACAACAGGAUGCACAUGAAUUUCUUAUAUUUUUACUUGAUUAUCUACAUAAAGAUUUAAAUAGAAUAAAAUUUACUGAAGUCUUGAAUCAAACUCAGGAAAUCGAACGUAAUGCAGUUAAUCAAAUAAAUAAUCAUUCCAUUAUUGUUGACUUAUUCUAUGGUACCUAUCUAUCGACAAUAACAUGUCUAGAUUGUACGUAUACUUCACAUAAUUAUGAACCAUUUAAUUGUCUUACUCUUCCAAUUUCAUCAACAAAUCAAUGUACAUUAGAAGAUUGUCUUAGACAUUUCAAUGAAGAUGAAUAUUUAAGUGAUGAUUCAAAAUGGUUUUGUCCUGGAUGUCAAUGUCUUUGUAAUAGAAAAAGACGUUUAGAAAUUUAUAAAUUACCAAAAAUAUUAAUCAUUCAACUUAAACGAUUUCAAAUAAAUUAUGAAAUGAAUUGGAUUAAAAAUAAUACUCUUGUACUUUAUCCUGAGAAUAAUCUUGAUUUAAAUCAAUAUUGUUCUUUAUCAUCUCCAUCACAAUCAUCUUAUACACUUUAUUCAAUUAUUAAUCAUGAUGGUUCAUUGAAUGAUGGACAUUACACAACAUUUUGUCGAGAUAUUAUGGAUAAUCAACAACAAUGGUUUGAAUGUGAUGAUGAAAUAAUAAAAUAUUUACAUUCAGAUAAUUUAUAUUUCAAUUCAAAAGCUUAUCUCUUAUUCUAUACGAUGAAGUAG